AUGUCCCAGCCAUUACCCAAAAGGUCAAUGUCGGAAUCAGCUGCCAAACGUCAACCACAAAAGAGCAACCCACCAGUUCACCACAUGGGUCUCACAUCUUCUAUGACAGGACUCCUCUCUUCACCUCUUUCACGAUCGACCUCGACACGACUAGGCAACAUUGUAUUAUUAUUACUCAUGAUUGUUCUCUGCUAUUCGGUGUGUCUAAACAAAUUCUUCACUUUGGUUCGAGCAGAUAUUGUGACCACCUACUCGACUCGACACUAUGGAGGUUACGAUGCAGAUAUUGUCCACUCCAUGGCCACAGAUUCCAAAGGCAACAAGUACGUUUUUGGAAACUCUGUCUUUAACAACAACGCUUGGGGUAAAAUGUAUACAGAGAACUACAAUGAAGUUUGGACACCACCAAAGAAUAUCACUUUCAUUGCCAAAGUGAUGGGAAAUCCUGGAAAGACAGAAUGGUCGUUUUCAUGGCCACAGAACAAUUAUAUGAGUAUUUUUGCUUCUAAAAAGAUUUUAGUGGACUCUGAUAAUGAAACGAUCAUGUAUAUUGCUUCGGUGAUUGAUGGCAGUGCAACCUCUUUCAACUUUUUUGGAAAGUAUUUGAAUAAUCCAAGAAAUUAUCCACAAAUUAUUUUGGCAUGUUUUAACACUUCAUAUCCCAAUCCAAAUGCAAACACAGCUGCAUGGGAUGCUAAAGUGAUCAACUCUCCCUUUCCACUCGUCGAUAUCGUCAGCAUGCACAAAAAAGGAAAUUCAUUAAUCAUUGCUGCCAAUGUGGGAGUGCCACCACUCAAUCAAAAUCAAAACAUUCUCAUGAUUCAGCAAACCCUUUCUUACAAUUCAUUUCCAGCAAUCUUUACAUUGCCUGAACUUCAAUACAUCCUGACAGAUCCUCGUGACAUGAGAGCAACAGGAGUUGUUUUAGACAGUAAAGGACUCAUCCACUUGAGUGGUUAUGUGAUGGGAAAUGGUAGUGUCACCUCUGGAAAUAUGACUGCCACUUUGGGAUGCCCUAUUGUCACCACUGGUUUAAAGACUUUCAAAACGUUUGUAUUGAAAUUUAACACUUCGAGUUCCACCUGUCAAUUAAUUGCCAACACAACAGAGAGUCAAAACAUGACCAUCAUUACUUCCAUUCAAAACCUCAACGACACGAUUUAUUUUGCUGGAUAUUAUCAAAGUGUGAAUGGAAUUGCGCUAUUGUCAGGAAAUGUUCUUCCCAAUUACUCAAAUGGUGGAAUCUUUUAUUCUCGAUAUUCUUCCAAUGUGCUCGAUUAUGUGAAAACCAUUCAGACAGACUCUCCUUCGAAUAAUGUCCAAUUGGCUGUGGGUGGUUCUUCAAAACAUUUGGGUUAUUUAGUAGGAGAGUUCCAAGUUCCAAUUUUGAUUUCAAAAACUUCCACUUAUUUGAAUCCAGUUUACACAAGUAGUCAAAACAAUAGCAAGUUUUUGUUGAAAUUUAAUGGAUCCGAUGGUAACUUGGAAUGGGGAACGAGAUGGAACUCCACAUUGACUUUUACAUCUGUUUCUGGUUAUCCAAAUGAUUAUCUCGUCUCAGUGGCAGGUUACUUUUUCAAUGAAGAUUUGACCUUUUAUACGGCAGUCUCCUCUGUAACUGUUCCCAUCUUUGAUCCAGCUUCGAGUGAAGGAUUCUUACUCACUUUUUGCAAUUCUGAUGGAUACACUUCAGAAGUCAAUCAAUGCAAAGACUAUUAUUGUGGAAAAGUCUUGUAUUCGAAUCCAUCGGUAUGCAGUUCACAUGGUUCGUGUAUCGCUCCAGACACAUGUUCCUGUAAAACAGGUUACAAUGGAACCAGUUGUGAAAAUACCUAUUGUUUUAACAUUGCUUCAAAUUCACCGAUGGUUUGCAGCGGAAAUGGAACUUGUGUGAGUGGAGACAAAUGUACCUGUUUUGCCAAUUAUACUGGUCAACAAUGUGAAAUACCUAUUUGUUAUGGAUAUUUGGCAAAUGACACCAAAGUAUGUUCAGGACGUGGACAAUGUGUUAAAGCCAAUACUUGUCAAUGCAGUUCUUCCAAUUAUACUGGAUCCGAUUGCAGCUCGUAUUAUUGUUAUGGAACUUUGAACACCAACACGAGUGCAGUAUGUAGUGGACAUGGAGUGUGUUCUUCUCCCAAUAAUUGUUCAUGUGAUCCAAAUUAUGCAGGAAGUCAAUGUGAAAUUUUUUACUGUUAUGGAAAAAUUGGAGCUGCCGGAUGUUCCAAUCAUGGAAAAUGUGUUGGACAUGACACUUGUAGUUGUGAUACUGGAUUCACAGGAUCUCAAUGUGAAUUUAAUGUCUGUUGGGGAGUGAGCUCCAACUCAUCACUUGUCUGUGACUCACAUGGUACAUGUUCUUCAUUCAAUAAUUGCACCUGUCAGAGUGGUUAUUACGGAGCUGGUUGUAGUGUGAAAUAUUGUUAUGGAAUUUUGAGUAACUCUUCCAAUGUCUGUAGUAACAGUUCUGGAACAUGCAUGGAUAUCAAUAAUUGUCAAUGUUUCAAUGGAUAUUUUGGUCAGCAAUGUGAACUCAAAAAGUGUUUUGGAAUUCUUUCUAAUGACACUCGAGUGUGUAGUGGAAGAGGAACUUGUGUGAAUGUCAAUCAAUGUUCCUGUGAAGGAGAUUAUCUCACUGGAGUGGAGUGUGAAUAUACAUUAUUCACUUUGGAUUAUUCGAAGGGAGAAUUAGUGACAAGAGAUCCACAAAUUGUGAAUCAAAAUUAUUAUCAAUGCAAUUCUGUCUUCUCCAAUUUGACUUUAUUAGGAGACUCGAAAACAACUACUUGUUUCACCGAUUCAGCAUUGGGAGUCUUUAUUGUUAAAUUGGGAGGAGCUUAUCUGCUCAAACCUAAUGACACUUCUCUGCAACAUCCACAAACGUCACGAAAGUAUUUCAUUCAAGAAAUGAUUUCAAGCAAGAAUUUGACUGCUGUGUUGAAUGUCAUUCCAGAACGACCCUUUUUUGGAAAUUCCAUCAUUUUAAGAGCAGAUGCUUCACAAUCAACUCUCCCUAAUCGAAAAUUAGAUUAUUCCUUCUCGUGCUCGAAUUGUCCUGCCACCAUUUUGAACGUAUUAUCCACUUCUCAACAGCAACCUGUUGUGACACUUUCAGGAGAUUUAUUUACACAAGGACAAUCCUACAAUUUCAUUGUCAAUGUUGUUGAUCAGGCAUUGGGAAUAAGCAGUAGUGCAUUGAAAGUGGUAUAUAUUUAUUCGAACCAGUCACAAAUUAAUUUAUGGGAUGCCAACUCUCUUAAAUAUUACUCUCGAAUGUGUUCGAAUGGAUACGACUGUGUGUUGGAGAAUGUUUUGGUGGGACAUCCAAUUAUUGUGACUUUAUUGAAUUCAAGUUUUACAAACAUUUCACAUGAAUUGGAUGGAAGUGUUCUGUCUCAAAUGAGUGGUAAACAAUUGUAUAGAAUUCCCUCUAGUUUUAUAACAUUUAACAAGACUAGUGUGUUAAAGACAGUAGUUUCAAUUCCUAAUUUGGGAAUUUCUGAAACAUUUAAUGGAUACUUGACAUUUAACAUGGAUCCAACAAUGCAAUUCUAUAUUGAUGGAGGAGACAAGAGCCAAUUCAUGGAUAAGAAAGGUUCAUUGGUAUUAUCGAUCAAAUCGUUCGAUGCAAGAUAUUCUUCUUUAAUUUCAUCCAUUCAAUGGUCCUGUCAACAUGUCACAUCAGGCUCCUCCUGCACAAAUAUUCUCAAUUCGACCACUUCUUCCAUCAUUUCCUUCACUAAUAAUGGUGGAAUGAUCAAUUCAGGCAUUUACCGUUUGAAAUGUCAACUACAAACAACAUUUGGAUCCAAUUUCACACUUUAUUCCACCUUAUGGAUGAUGGAUAAUUCAUUGAGAUCCAUCUCUUCGUUAGUGUACACACAACCCAUCGUCCCAGCUCAAGGAUACAACAACAUGAUCAUCUUAAAGACUAUUCUCUCUCAAACCUCGAGCUCUUCCAUUUCUAACAUCAAAUUGACAGCUGACUUUCCAACAAAACUGGCCUUCCCUGCUACAACCUCCACAUUUAAAGAUCAACCAGAUGGAAGUACACUCAUUCAAACCACUAUCGAUGCUUCCACCUAUCUCUAUGAAAAUAUACUUUACACCUUCACAGUGAAUGUCACUUUGACAAGUGGUCACAUUUUCUCAUCUCUCUAUUUUACAAAAAUUAUGCCAAGAAUGAACAAAUUCAGUGGAUGUAAUAUUUAUCCUUCGAGUGGAAUUGCCUUUGACACAUUAUUCACACUCUCUUGCAGCAAUAUUGGUUCUGAAGCUGAUUAUUCUUCAUUGAAAAUGAUUCUUUUUGAUUCCUCUCAAAAACAAAUGACACUUUCAAGUUCGAAACGAAAUGUCAUGGUCACAAGAUUACCCAUUCUCUCUGAUUCUGCAUUUGUGAAAUUUAUUUUAGAAGACAAUUAUGGAGGAAGUGUCACUUAUCAAGUUGCUGUGAAAACAAAUCUUCCACCAGACCUGGCAAGUGUCAUUUCAGUCUUUCCACCCAAUUAUUAUGCAACCUAUGUCUUUGAUUAUUUAGAUAAGGCACUCAAAAAAAACAUUGGAUACGAUGUCACUUUGAAGCAAUAUAUUGACAUUGCGAGUGCAUUGAGCAUCUUUUUGAAUAGUCCAUCCGUGGAUGCAUCGAAGGCAUUUGCAGACAUUAAUGACAAUGUGUCAAAAAUGAUCGACUACCUCAUGACAUAUUUGGAUUUGUUCGAAAAUUUGUCUUUCAAUGCAGAUGACCAAUUGGUGGAAGUACUUUCACCGCUCGUUUCAAAAAUUGUCUUGUUUAUCAAUAAGGUUGGACAAUUAAGUACUUUGAAUGCCUCGGAUCGUAAUUCCCUCAUUCAAACGAUGAAAUUUAUUCUUUCUGUCAAUCCGAAUGUGAGCUCGGAACUAUCAAAUGCCAUUGCAUUGUUGAGCUCCUCACUGACAAGCCCAUCCUCAUCCUCUUCGUCUCAAAACAUGACACAAUUCUCAUCUAACAUUUUGCAAGUCAUUCAACUCAAACUUGGAUUGAUUGAUCUCAAAACAGCUCAAGAUGGAGUGAUGGAUUUGAAUGGAAUGACACUUUCAUUAACCUAUGGAUUGAAAUUGACAAGUUUUUCAAAUAUGAAAAUUGUACUGAAUUCACAAUUUGGUAUUCAACUUCCAUCAACUUUACAAUUUGUGGACACGAAUGCAGUUGCAAGUGAUUACAAAUUUGUCGCAACAGUGUUGAAUGUGACAAAUUCUCAAUUUUCAAUUGGAAAAAAUAAGACAAGAAUGAUUGUUUCUGGAGGUGUCAUGACUGUGCAAGUGAAUCGAUUGCAAGAUGGAACGAGUUUACAAAUUUCGAAUUUGCAAAAUCCAAUUUUGUUGGAUUUCCUUAAUUUGGCAAUCAGUUCUGACAAUUUGGUAUUGUAUCAAUCGAAUAAGGCAAAUUUAACUUGUCGAUAUUUGCAAGAAAGUACUGGAGAUUGGUUGGAAGACGGUGUCACUACUCUUGUGACUAUAAACUCUGACAACACGAUAUCUGUCAAAUGUCAAACUACUCACCUCACCACCUUCUCAGUCUUCCUGGAUACAGCGAGCACUUCCAGUAGUAAUGGAGGCAACACUAACGCAGUUGCUUCCUCCAACACCAAACCUCUUGCCAAUGGAGGUGGAGACUUGGCUGUGGCCAUCGCUGUCCCUGUUUCCAUUGUUUCAUUGAUGAUCAUCCUCUUGGUCAUUGUGACUGUUGUCAUUGUGGCUCUUGUGAUUCGAAGAAAGAAGAUGCAAAAACAGAAAGGCCUAUCCUUCAAUGAAAAGAACAAAUCGAAUGAAAAUCAUUACAACAUGUCAAUCAAUAAUACUAACACUGCAACGCAUGAUCCAAUGUUAAGAAAUUCACAAAAGAAUUCUGUCUCAGGUUUGUCUGAUAUUGAAAUGCAAGAGGACACUGGAACUAGCUCAUUAUUUAUUUCAGAUUAUCGAUCGGUGAGAGAACAAUUGAUGAGUACUGGAGGUCAUGGAGAUAUUGUUCCAAUUUCUGUGAGUCAAUCGGCGGGAAUGACCUCUAGCAAAUCGAAUCGAUCCAAUUCAUCAACGAGUAGUGGAAGAACCGAUGUGAUUAAUAGGAAGUAUGAAAUUUUAGAAAAAAUUGGUGCCGGAGGAUUUGGAAGUGUCUUUAAAGCACGAAAUCUCUUUUACACAGGCAAACCUGGUGAAAUUGAAUUCUUUGCCAUUAAGAAAGUUCAACUUUCUGGAAUGUCUGAAUUGAAUGAAAAAUUCAAAGAAGCUGUUAACAUGUUCCGUUGUCGUCACGACAAUAUUGUCUAUCUUGAAGAUGCAGUCGUCGAUGAGAAUACCAUGUCUCUCUAUCUCAUCAUGAAAUUCUAUGGAAAUGGAGAUUUGGAUUAUUUCAUUAAGAAACGUAAAAGACUUUCUGAAAAGAUGAUGUUGCAAGUUAUUCUUCAAGUAUGUCGUGGAUUGGAUUACCUUCAGAAAACCAUGUCCAUGAUUCACAGAGAUAUCAAACCAUCGAAUAUCUUCAUUGAUGAAAUUGAUGAAGCCAAUGAACGGAUCAAAAUUGUGUUGAGUGACUUCGGAUUGGCAAAGGAAAGCAAUGUGUUGAAUUCAUUUAGUUUUGCAGGAACUCCCUUCUUCAUGAGUUCAGAAUUAAUUGUUGGAGGAAAAUAUUCAUUCAACACGGAUAUUUUCAGUUUGGGUUGUAGUAUUUUCGUCAUGAUUACCUUUGAUAUGAGUCUUUCAUUGGGCCAACUCUUGUUGAAACAUCAAACCAACCUACAAGAGGCAAAAGAUUAUAUUAUUCGAAAAAUUUUGGAGACAGACACUGUCUACUCACAACAGUUCAUUGACUUGUUGUGGAGAAUGGUGGAUUUUGACCCUGAAAAACGUCCAAAUGCAGGUGACAUUGUUGAGAGUUUGAGUAAGGAUGAAUAUUUCAAACAAGUCUUGUCUUUGUAA